AAACAGAUGGGAAAUGUUGCCAUUACUAACGAACGCAGAGCAUGCCAAUAUAAUAUAGCACAUAUGUAGCGCUGCCAUUUACCGGUAUACGGUUAAGGCAUGGUAAAAUAGAAAGUGGGGAAUCCCCGAGAAAACGGGAUUUCCCCGUAGACGCGAUUCGAGUCUGAUAUAAGGCUCACGUCUAAGACUGUGCGUAGUCACGCCCCUCUCUUAUGUAUAAAGAUGACAUGGCCUUGUAGACGUAAGAAAUUAUCAUCAAGAACUUGGAGAAUUAUCCUUUGUUAUGCAUUACACCAUGAGUUUGAUGGUUGUUAUUCACUAGCCUAUCCAGGAAAAUAGGAAUAAAAGGUCAUUGACUGUGGCGCACGCGCGCGCGCCUCAAUAUCAACCACAACCAACUGUCGGCGCUUGUUUUUGACUAGUAAGGAUAACAUCUUCAUAAUUUAUUCAGGUUAUCGGGAAUCCCCGCUCCGAGAGUUGCGAUCGAUUCACCGCUCUCUGGUCCACUCGGGUACCGUCUCUGCCGUCCAUUGUCCGGUGUGGUGUCUUGUCCGUGCCCGCUGAGUUUCCAUGGAUUUCAUGCUGUCUGGCCUAGUGGUGGAUGGGCAGUGUUUGAACUACCGUAGCGUGGUGCUGGCCAUGGAGGCGGACUCGACCUCCAGACGGCUGGAUAAGAAGACCAAGGAAGAGAUCAAGCGAGAGAAGAACAGGGAGUCUUCGGCAAGGAGUAGGCAGAGGAAAAAGGAUGAGGAUGAACAGAGCAUGAGGGAAAUUGCACGUUUAGAAGAGAAAAAUGCGAAUCUCAGGGAGAUCGAAGAGGGACUCUUGGCGGAGGGUAGAGCGAUACUAGAGCAGAUGGACCCUUACUACCUCACCCAACCCGUCUGCGCCGGAUGUUACAGGAAAGAUGCCAACGAAACUGGUGAGGGAACCAGCGCCGAAGGCCAAGAAACAUUGCCUGUUGAAAUGAUGGAAGGCAUUGAAUUGCCAGUCAGUAAUGCUAUUGACCAGGCACAAGGGCUGCAGGGCAGUAGUGGUACUAUAGACCAGGCACAAGUAUUGCAGGUCAGUGUUGUUUCUCUGGACCAGGGCAAUAUUGUAUAUAUUGAGGAACAAGGAAUGCCGGGCAAUAUUGCUCCCAUGGACCAGGAACAAGGAUUAUAGUACCGGUCUAUAGCUGUUGAUUGAGAAGUAGCCAGUGGCUGGAAGAAUCUGGUGGAGUUUUGAACCGUGGGUAAUUUAUGGAACAUUGUUUUGCUGACUGCCUGGACUAGUUUUCCUUUACAUGGACCAGACACAAGGAUUGUAGGGCAGUAGUGUUCCUAUUGACCAGGAACAAGGGUUAUAGUACCAGUGUAUAUAGAUGCUGAUCGAGAAGUGCAGCUAUACUAUCGGGCAUAAUCUAAAAUUCUGUGGGUUUUUAUCAGGUGAUAACGAGUAGGGACAUGAGUGGACAACAGUUGGGAUGUUGAAAGCUAACUUUCUGAUGAUAAACUGAACAAUUGAGGACAGAGUUCCUUGUGGAACGUUGGGCCGAACUUGGAACUUGGAAAUGUCUGCCUGAAGACUUUUACAGGGUGAUGGAGGGUCGAACAAUGGGGAACCUUGAGGAGUAAUGUCGCAGAGAAUUCAGGACCUAAAAUCUGUUGCGAUGUGAGAGUGUGGGACUGCCUGUCUGGGCCAAAGAAGAGGUGCUUUGUCUACUGAAGACUGGGCCCAGUGGCAGAGAUUGGCUGAGAAGUUGACUAAGCACUCCAAGAGGACCCUUUUGACACAGGAAAAACUGAAAACCAAAUGGUCACAAUCCACAGAUGCCCAUCGGAGUGUACCCAGGUGUAAACCCCCCCCCCAAAUCACCCUAUACCCUACACACACCCUAGACUAUUUUUACCUAACACAUCCCCCUAGAUAUCUCAAAAGAAUUCCUGAGAUUCUGGUAACACAAUGACCAACACCAAAGAGGGGGGGGGGGGUCCCUCUGUCACAUAUUGCGCUUCAUGCAUCGGAGACCCACAGCAAAAUGGCAAUGACCCUUCUCAUUCUAUUGCAAUGCUUAUUGCACAAAUUCCAGAGAAAGACUCUCCCUUGCAGAAACACUAGCCCUGGUUACAAACUAAAUCUUGAAAUUGUUUGGUUACUAGGUCGAGGUUACCAAUUUCGUAGUCUGAAUUUGUUGAAUAUUUGAGAGUAUUAAAAUAGCUCAUUCAAUCCUGGGAAGAGAAGCCCUUUACUGAAAGUUAGACUGGAAAAGAAAGGCUCAGUGAAGAUGAGUGUUUUGGAAUGACCCUAUCAAUUAAAUUCACCAAAGGCAUUUCUUUUUGUUGAAAUAAAUUCCACCUGUGCUCAAAGGGAAAAUACAACAUUUGCAAACAUCAAAAAAUAAAAC